CUUCUCCCCUCUCUCUACUUUUCUCUACUGUAGCUCCAGUGUUUGUUUUCUAUUUACGAGUGGCCUAAAGUUCUAUCGAGUCCGAUGCUUCUCCAGCGUGGGCAAUGAGAAGAGAUCCAAGAAAAGAGGUUGACGUAUCUUGAAAGCGUGGGCAAUGAGAAGAGAUCCAAGAAAAGAGGUUGGCGUAUCUUGAAAGAAGCAUGCCGUGAAGUCCUGUGCACUAUAAGGAGCACGAAUCUUCUCUAAAGACAGCGAUCUUACGCGCUCUUCCUCUUUGAUAUGAUAUGGCUGAUAUGGAAGAUGUUGCAUUCGCAAAACCUAAUAAGUUUAAUGGCCAAAACUUUAAGAGGUGGAAGCAACAAACAAAAUACUAGUUAACAUUGUUAAACCUGUUCCAAGUUAUUUUUGUGGAUCCUCCUCCAAAGGAAAAUAGGGAUGAAUUCGAAAAAUUUCAAGAAAAAGAUUUUUUAUGCACGGGGAGAAUCUUAUCUGCUUUAUUUGAUAAAUUAAAUGAUUUGUAUUGUGGCAUAGAAUCUGCUAAGAUCUUAUGGAAUACUCUUGAUAACAAGUAUGAGAAAGAAAGUAGCGGGAUCAAGAGAUAUGCACUUGGAACAUAUUUAAGGUCUGUCAUGAUAGAUUCUAAGUCUAUUAUAGAACAUGUGCAUGAAUUGUAAGUUUUAGUGCAUGAGUUGAACCAAUGUGACAUGGCAAUUAGUAAGAAAUUUCAAGUUCAGACCAUAAUAGAAAAAUUGCCUGCCUCCUGGAUUCAAUUCGCUCAAAGCCUUAAUCAUAAAGUUGAAAUACUUUCAUUAGAGGUACUGAUGAGAUCACUUCGAAUUGAGAAAAAUCAUCAUGAGCAUGCAAAGGAUCUUAAGCCACCUGAACCUAUAGAGUCUUUAUCCAAGGCCAAUCUAAUAGAAGGACACCGAAAGUGCUCUAAACUUCAGCAUCAAAAUCAAUUCAAAAAACAUCUUAAGCCAAAGACCAAAAUCUUCAAGAAUGCUAAGGUUCAAGGAGCUUGCUUUGUUUGUGGAAAAGCUGGUCAUAAGGCUGCUCAGUGCUUCCAUAGGAAGGAUAAUAAUCAUCGUCCUCAAAAUACCAAAGGUGCACAGAAGUCUCAGCCUCAACCAUCAAAACCUCAAGCCAACAUGAUGAUAGGUUCAUCGUCCUCUUCUGAGAGGACAAUUAUGGAAGAACCGUGACUAUGGGAAAUUCUAGUGCUAUAGAAAUUGUAGGAGAAGGAAGGGUCGACCUGAAACUCACUUCAGGGAAGAUCUUAACUUUUGAGAAUGUGCAGCAUGUGCCUGGAGUUAAAAAAAAAAUCUUAUUAAUGGGUCUCUUCUUAUUCAACAAGGUUAUAAGUUAGUGUUUGAGUCUUGUAAGGUGAUAAUCACCUAUA